GUACGGCUGCAAAAACUGGUCGCAUUGCUCAGUGCUGCAGACGUGAGCCGUGCGCAUUGACGCCAUCGACGCGCUGCACAAACAUGGCUGCCACAAAAGCGCUGCGCGUCGUCUCCUACAACGUGCAGCGCUGGGGCCGGCUCGACACUAUUAUAGAUACGCUGGCGCGGCUCCGGCCGGACGUGUUGUGUCUCCAGGAGUGCUGCCAGAAGCGCGGCGCGGGGGCUUUGCAGAAGGUCGCGGACGCCUGCGGGCUCAAGCAGGUUCAUUUUUUUGGCCACACGAUGGACGAAUCCUACGGGAACGCGAUCCUCACGCGGGCGCCGAGCUCGCUGGUCAUGGAGAUCUUCCUCGCGGGCGGUUCUAUUAUUGGGGACCACCACAUCCAGCGCGGCGCUUUAUUCGUAGAAAUGGGCGCGAUCCGAGUGUGUUGCACGCACUUGGACCACAUCUCGGAGAACGAGCGCGCGAUCCAGGCCGGCGGGCUGGUCCGGCAGCUCCACGACCUGCGAGGCGAUUCGAAAGCGAUGCUGGUCGUGGGCGACCUCAACGCACUGAACGACGAGGCGAAGUGGGAUAGGUUAGAUCAGAUCCACGAGGAGAACGGCUGGGCGCCGCCCGAGGACUCGUCGGUGCCCGGCGGCGCGCUGCACACGUUUUUGGAGAACGGCUGGGUCGACGUGAGUCGGGGCGCCGGGCUGAGCUCGCCGGCGAAAGACCCCGUCCGGCGCGUCGACUACGUCCUGGCGCACGGGCCUGUCGUUGUCAAGCGGGCGCGGACGGACGCGUCGGCGGACGGGUCGGACCACCUGCCGGUCGUUGUCGAGGUCGAGGUGCCGGCUUAAUUUAGUUUUACUUGUGCUAGCUUCCCGCGCGCC